CGGGCCAGCGGUUCACCCCUGGCCCCACACACCUCGCCCUUCCUCCUCAUCCGGCUCUCCUCCCACACACACCGCCGCCGCACGCCCAAAACCUCGCCGCCGUCGGGUCGAACAGGAGCACCGCUCGCUGUUUCGCCCACAUCCGAUCGGCCACACUAUUUUCUUCCUUGACGGGCGGCGAUGGCGCGGCGCUCCAAGAAAAGGAACAGGAGGAGAGGGAGUCCAGAGGCCAAGCUCACCGACGACCUCCUCGUCGAGAUCCUACGCCGCCUCCCCGCCAAGUCCCUCUGCGCCUGCAAGUGCGUGUCCACGCGCUGGCGCGGCCUCAUCUCCGAUCCGGAACACCGCAAGAAGCUGCCCCAGAUGCUCACCGGCUUCUUCUACAUGAGCUUCAACACCGACCGCUGCCCGGUGGUAGCCCGCCAUUUCACCAACGUCUUGAGGGGAGAAGGCCCUUCCAUCAGCCCUUCCCUGCGCUUCCUGCCCUUGCGCUACCUCAACAUCUUGGAUUGCUGCAAUGGCCUCCUCCUCUGCCGCAUCCCGAAGUCCACUGGUCCAGCGACAUUUCAGUACCUCGUCUGCAACCCUGCUACUGAGAAAUGGUUUGUCCUGCCUGAGUCCACUUGGUCGGCCGAUGUGCCGAUUGCGCGCCUGGGGUUCGAACCGGCGGUCUCCUCCCACUUCCAUGUGUUUGAAUUUGAGGAAGAUGAGGAUGGAUAUGUGAAAGAAGUGCAGAUUUACUCAUCAAAGGCUGGAGCGUGGAGUCAGAAAGACAGUGGUUGGAACAUUGGACUCACAAUUUGUAGCGGUUCUAGAAGCAUCUUUUUCAACGGUAUGCUGCAUCUCGUUACCUAUGAGGAGGUUGUUGCGGCAGUGGAUGUGGAGGCGAAGACUUGGAGGAUUAUCCCUAUGCCAUACGAUGACGAAUAUUAUCCUUUCACUAUUGAUGAAGCGUUCAUUGACCUGGCUCAAGGGAAUCUUUAUUUGGCAACUAAUAUUUCCGAUAAUUUGACAAUCUGGGUUCUUGAGGACUAUGGCAGUGAAGAGUCUGAAGACUGGACCUUGAAGCACCGUGUCAGAUACAGGCGGAAGUUUCAAUUGGAUGUCAUUAACUCCGAUAAUGGAUGCGGUCUAGUUUCAAUCUACCCAGAAGGCAAUGCGAUUUUCUGUGUUGACGGGGAUGAUAAAAUGCUAAUGUCAUAUCAAAUGGACAGCAAACAAAGCACUUUGCCUGUAGCACAUGUUCUUGGACAUGAUUGCCAGGGACCUUAUCUUCCAUAUGUUCCUAACUUCUUAGAAUCAUUGGCAGAUGGGCAAUGAAAAUCUUUGAACCUCUAAUCGAUGUUCUUGUUGGGUAACAAUAGGAGCAGCAGCAACAUGGCUAGAUCUUUCUGAUGGCGUGUGCCAUAAAAACCUUAAUGGUAGAGUACUCUGUUUUAGCUUGAUUUCAUAUGAGUGCACUUUGUUAAGAUCAUGUAACCUAACUUCACAUGUGCUUGCUAUUUCUAUGAAUUUAGUUACUCUACUUCUCUUUUUCCAGCAAUAAUAGGAAUUGCUUUAAUAUUGUAAUCUGCAUACGUAGGGUAACACUAGGUACUUUGCCAGCUAACCAUGUUGCUGUUAUCACAACCUCACUUCGAUUGGCAUCCUGAUACCUGCUGUUCCCAUUUGAUUGAACAUUCACUAUCAUUUAUUUCUGGCUCAUCCACCAGGUUGCUACUAGGCAUAUCAACAGCCCUUCUCUUUUCUACCACACCAACUGGCGCACCUUGCACUCUCUUUGCCCCUUGGUAUAUGAGAUAGAUAGGUUCUUAUUUACAAAUAUAUAUAUGGCAGCUGGAUGAAACUAUUUCUCAACUCUCAAGUGAAGAGGGGCUACUGCAGAUAACUGGAGUGAAGUUCAGGACCUACCACUGCACUUAAGUUUCAUCUGUGUGGAUCUACUAGUUUCAACAGAGAUAACAUCAGUUUUGUAAAUAAUUGCAUUUGUUUCAAUCUAUAGGUUGGCAUGCCCAAUAGGGAGAUAUUGAUGAA